AUGGAUUGCCCUCCGGUAAACUUUCAGGGCAUUGAGCUGCAGUCAAAUGAAACAGGAGACAGUGGAAAGCCUUCUUUUUGUGCUCAUCGGACACCAGCUAACUUAGAAGAACAUGAAAUACUUACUUCUUCUGGUCUUUACCAACGAGUAUAUGUUCAGCCCAACAAAAAUAAAACUGCAAUUAUUACCUAUCAUGAUAUUGGGACUAAUCAUACAUCGUUUCUUAGUUUAUUCAAUAAUCCUGAUAUGCGUGUUAUCACUGAACACUUUACAGUUUAUCAUAUUUGUGCUCCUGGUCAUCAUGAGAAUGCUGCAAAUAUUACUUUUGGAACCGUACCCAAAACAAUAAUACCUGUAGCUGAUGAUCCAAUGAAUCCUGGUCAAGAUCAAGUAUUAUUAUCACAACCUGAUCUACAGAAACAGCGUCAAUCGAUUGCUUCAGUAACUGGAAGUAGAGGCAGUAUUUUUGAAGCAGUACGUCGAAAGUCAUCACUUCUUCUAAAUAGGUAAUUACUAUUGAUAUUCUAUGUGACUGUACAUGUGGAUGUGUUUAUUGUUAUUCUGGUCACAUUUUGAUUGUCAAUCAAUCAGAUUAAACUUGUGAUCAUAGAGUUGUCAUGUUUAUGAAUGUCUACAUAGGACCAGCUAUCACUAAACAACGGUCCAAGUUGCCUCACCUCAUAUAUCAGCGUAUCAAGUAACAAGGCAAUAAAAUGAGAAGAAGGAGGAGUGAGAAGUUGAUGAGAUUAAGUAUGGCGGUUAAGACGAGGAUAAUGUGUGUAUACAUCUGUGCCUGUAACAUCGAUUCUGAGCCAUGUGAUCAUUUAGAGUCUCUUGUCUCGUGGACCCCAACUGACUAGUCUGCAUCACUCUA